UGGUUAUGGUGCCAACAAGGAUACACUACAUAGGGCGUAAUUCCUUUCUUGAAGAAACAAACGAAAGCUGUAGAAAUGCCAGGACUGUGCGCUGUCACCGUGUCACGUACUACUACCAGCAACUUUUCUGUGCCGUUUUCAAGUGCUGCCUUUUUCUACUGCUUUCUACUACUACUCCAUUCCAAGAAUAUAUCCCUGCACGUCGGCGGCGACAGAGAUCGAUCGAUCGGCGCCCUGUACAUGCUCUCGCAGUUGCAACUUUGCAACGCCAUAUUCUCAUGUAGUGCGACGUCGCAUGCACAUGCAAAAGAUGUACUCGGCAAGUGUUCAAGGCCGAUUGCGCUAGUCCACUUUGAUCACCCUCCCGCUUUUGCUUUUGCCCUGUGCCUACUGCCCAGUACACCUCACCACCUCGUCACCACCUCACCCUCGUGUAUAUAUAUCGCGCAGGGUCGGAGCAGGGCUCGGACACCCAGACGAGCGCGGCGGCCAUGGAGCAGGAGCACCACUCGCGCUCGCACGCGGCGGCGGCGGCGCUGUCCGGCCAUGAGGGGCCCGAGACGCCGCGCCGCCGGUACCGCGGGGUGCGGCAGCGGCCGUGGGGCAAGUGGGCGGCGGAGAUCCGGGACCCGCACAAGGCGGCGCGCGUGUGGCUCGGCACGUUCGAGACCGCCGAGGCCGCGGCGCGCGCCUACGACGAGGCCGCGCUCCGCUUCCGCGGCAGCCGCGCCAAGCUCAACUUCCCCGAGGACGCGCGCCUCCACCCAGCGUCCACGACGCCGGCGGCGCCGGCGGCGCCGGCGUCCGAGCCCAUCGCCGGCGCGGGGGCGGCAUCGACCUCCCCGGCCGGCUACCACCCCGGCGCCGCCCAGGGCGUGGACUACCUGCGGUACCAGAUGCUUCUGCAGGGGGCCGCCCGCAACCAAGGCACCCUCCUUCCGUUCUACGCCGGCGGCGGGGGUGGCAUGAGCAAUCCCUACGGUGGUGGCGGAGGUGCCCCGAGCAACCCCUACGGCGGCGGCGGCGGCGGCGGCAACACGAGUGGCUUCUUGGGCUCGUACUACUCGUUCCCGCCCUCCUCUGUUUCUGUCGCCACCGUGCCGUCCUCUACUUCCUCUGCUCCCGGAUACUACUACUCCUCACCGCACGACACGCAACAGAGCGAGUCGUCUGCGGCGGCGGCGGAGGACUGGAACUGGGCGAGCUCGCUGAUCCACUGGGCCAACUCAGGGUACCCGACGCCACCUCACACUCAGUAGCAGGCUAGCAACAAGCAGGCAAGCAGCUAGGAGAAGACCCUCUUCUUUUCUCUCUCUCUCUCUCUCUGGAAUAAUCAGGUGAGUACGGCUGGGAUGGAGACAGGUGUAAAAGGAAAGAGGAAACCAAAAUCAAGAAGAGGAAGAUGCUUUUCGUUUCUUUCAUGUAUGAUGAUAGCCAAGCGGUCUUUGUUUGUUGAUUAGUUUUGGAUGAUGACGGGGUAAUACUGUGAUCCUGCUCAUAGUUUUCCUUUGAUUUUGGUUGCAAAGUACUUUACCAAGAGAUGGAAGCUCCAACGAUGCAUAAUUCUCCAUGUUCUUUCCGGGACAUAACGUGUUUGUUAGUUUGUUAGCAUUUGUCAGAUUCUUGUUUGAUUGUACUAACCUUUUUGGAAAAAAAAAACUCCUUUUGAUGAAAUGAAAUGAACUGGAGAUUCCGUGGA